AUGUCUCAACGCACGGUAGAAAACGAGGACUACAAGGGGCUGGUAGAGGCCUUCAGCAUUCCCGCGGAGUUGCACGAGCGUGACGGCAAGAAGUAUGCUAGCGUCGAUGGCGUGUUGCCCAUACACUGCGCCACGGAGGAACAGGUGGCAGAGCUGUCCCAGACCACGCACCACUAUUGCGACGUGUUCACGACGAAGGUUCUGGCACCGCUCGAGGAACUCGUUUACGUGCGCCUCGAUGAGAACACCGCUGAGAAGGUGUUCAUCAACCGCAGCCGCCGGCUGCUGCUGACGUCGAGCGACGGGCGUCUGGCGCAGUGGCGGUGCGCGCCCACCUUCGAGUCCGCCAACCGCUACGUGGCGGGCGCGCCGCUGUCCUCGCGCGCCGGCGACCUGCUGUCCGUGCUCACCGCGCGCCGCGGCAACCACUACGCCGUCUCCUGCUUCGAGGGCGAAGGCGGCUACUUCGAGACGUCCGAGCCCUGGACGGUGGUGGACAUGGAGGAGGGCAAGUCCUACUACGGGGACAAGGGCUUCUCCUCGCGCUCGGAGCUAGCGGAGUACGUGCGGGGGCUCCCGGCGGCGGAGACGGGCCCGCGCGCGCCGCCGCGCCCCGUGCUGCUGCGCGGGGGCGCGCCGCGCGUCGCGCUGCUGGCGCGCGGCGGCCGCCAGCUCGCGCACCACUACCUGUGCGGCGGCACCGCCAGCGACGUCGAGUACUUG